AUGCUAAACACCGAGACAGCCACGCUGGCGGGCGGCAUGGACUUCUCCACCAUCAACAAGAUCAUCACGGGCGCGUGUGCCCUCUUUGUGCUGCUGAGCCUGCUCGUGCUCAUGUUUCGGCACGCCACGCACUUUUCGCGGCCCAAUGAGCAGCUCCACAUCAUGCGCAUCUGCUGCUACCUGCCCAUCUUCAGCAUCGGCUGCUUCCUGCAGGUCUCGUUCCCGAACGCCUACGUCUACCUGAACCCGUGGCUCGAUUUCGCGCAGGCCGUCGCCCUCUGCAACUUCUUCCUCAUGAUGUGCCAGUUUGUCUCCCCGUCCGACAGCCAGCGCGAGCUGUUCUUUGCGGCCCUCAAGCAGGUCAAUGACGAACCAGUCAACGGCCUGCACUGGUAUCGCCGCAUGUUCAUCUUGAUAUUCCAGUACCCGGUGGUCCAGGCUGUUGUGUCGAUACUCACCGCCAUCACAGAGAGCCAAGGCGUCUAUUGCCUGGUCUCUUCCAAACCUCACUUUGCACACCUCUGGCUCGACAUUGUCCACACGGCUAGCCUGGCUGUUGCCGUCAUGGCAUGCCUGAGGCUCCUGAGCGGGCUGCGUGGCCAGUUGAAGCACCACAGGCCUCUGCUCAAGCUGGCCGCAUUCAAGCUCCUAAUUGCCAUCACGGGUCUGAUUCAGCUCAUCUACUGGAUCCUUCGGACGGUUAAACCGACCCCUCUCAAGCCUACCGCCUCCCUUUCCUUCGCAGACGACUUCAUCGGCAUCCCCGUGCUAGUCAUGGCCCUCCUCACCGUUCCCUUCUCGAUCCUCUUCCACUUCGCCUACGAUGUCCAGACAUACUACCUUGAAAACGUCGACAAGAACCUGCCACUCACCCAAAGGGAUGCAGAGGCUGGGUCAUCGUACCAGGGCGGGUUUUUGGGGAUAUGGGCCUGGCUGGGCAUGCUCAACCCGAGCGAGCUCAUCUCUGGACUCAGGUUUGGGCUCACCAUGUUGAACAGGGAGAACCGGGAGAUGGGUGUCGACACAGUGCGGAGAGCGCAGACGGGGGAGUUUGAUAACUGAAUGCCUUGAGGGCUCGAGUCCUUUCUUUUGUUCGUCGAGAACAAGCAUUAUACUAAUUCGAGGAUGCGAGGUUACUUUUCUUGAUAUCCAAUAGACUACUGCAGAUUUCAUCUUCUUUCUAGAAUUGGAAUCGUUCAUUAAGUAAUUAUAAGUUAACUGCUUAUGGUCUCUUCAACUACUUCGAGGCAAGGCUGAACGCUAAUGUCUGUGGAUAAGAUGAUAUCGGCCAGUGUUUGGCAAGAGUGAAAAACGACAAUUCUUCAUUC